AUGGAUCGUCAAUCAACAACGUUUAUAUUGAUGAAAAUACUGCGAGACUUAAAUUUAAAUACAAAUACUGAGGUUCGUGAACAACAGCUUCGUUUUUUUCAAGAUCGUUUUCAACGUUCAAAUACAAAUAUUGAACGUUGCAUAAAAUCUUCAACAACAGAUUUAACAGAAUUAAUAGCAAAUUUUUCUGACUUAUAUACUUCUAUACAACAAUCAAAAAUUCGCGUAGAAAAUAUUCGUGAAUGUUUACAGGAAUGUAAAAAUUUAUUACUAUUAAAACGACAAGAUAUUCGUAAAUUAUGGUUGUCGACAUCAGAACAAAAUGCUUUAGAUCGAAUUUAUUUAAAUAUAUAUGAAUUAAAACUUGUUCCAUCACGUUUAGAAUUUUAUUUAAGCAAACGUUUAUAUAUUCAUGCGUCAUUACUUCUAUUAAAAGCAAAAGAAUAUCAAGAAUUACGUUUAAUUAAUGCAUUAUCUCAUAUUGAUUUACAAAUCAAAGAAGAACGUGUAACAUUAGCAGACCAAUUACGUUUUGAAUUAAUUUAUCAAUUAUUUGCUAAACCAUCUCGAGAUAUACUUGGAAAUAAAAAUCUAUCAUCAACAUUAAAUAAAAGUGAUCAAAAUUCAGUAACACCCUCAAGAGAAAAUCGGUUACUAAGAAAACAACUGGAUCAAGAAUUUGAACAAGGAAAAUUAUCGUUUGAAUCUCAAUCAUUAGCAAUUAUACCAGAUAAAUAUAUGUUAGUUGAUAUACGCAAUCAAACAUCAAAUAUAUAUUUAGAUGUUCUUUUGCAAUCCUUAUCAAUUUUAUCAGAUUUAAAUGAAACAAUUGAUUUUAUACAAAAACAAUUUCAUGAACAAUUAUAUCUUAUCGUUUUACGUACAACACAACAUAUUAUUGAUAAUAAUACGAUUUUAUCAAAUAAUUUAAACCAAAGGUUAAUUUUUAAUAGUACUGAUUGUUUAAGAGAUUUAUUAGAAACUGUUUAUGAACAAUUUAAACUUGUUGUAAAAAAUACGGAAUAUUUAAUAAGUAUAUUAAAACUAUUGCAAGAUCAUCAAGCGCCUACGCAAAUUCAACAACAAGAAUAUCUUACGAGACAAAAACAAAAUGAUUGCAAAUCAGAAGAAUACACAACGGUUCCAAGUGAAAUACAAUUUGAAAUUCCUUAUAUAUUCUCAAUAGAUUUCGUUUGGGAAACUCUCCAACAAGUAUUGAGUGAUGUUUUAUUUGAAUAUGUUGACUAUAAUAAUACACUUGAUACAUUGUCAUUUAAUUCUUCAUCGACAUUAAAUUCAACUGAUUAUACGAAUCAUUCAUCAUUGAUUGACUUUUCACAAUAUUUGAUGAAAAAACCUAUACCACCGCGUUCACAGCAAAUCCCACGUCUUUUUGAAUUUUCUCAUUCAGCACAAUUUCAUUCAAUGAAAUCAUAUUUACACGAACAAAAUCGUUUUAUUAUUAAACAAGAGGCAUCAAAAACACAACAAUCUACUAUUGCAUAUAAACAAUAUGUAUGUAAACCAAAUUAUCGAAAUAUUACAGCUGUACAUGAUGUUAUUCAAAGAAUAAUUGAAGAUAUUGAUAUAAAUUAUAAAUUACAUCCAACGAAACGUAUUCUUGACAGAAAAUUAACCGAGUUCAUUCGUGACCGUUUUAUUGGUCGUGUUAUAAAAGAUAUUCGAGAAUCUGCUCAAAUAGUAUCAUCAUCAACAGCAACAAUCACUGAUCGAAAUCGUUCAGUGGAAUUAAUUCCAUCAGUAUUACAAAAACAACUUAAACUGUCUGUACCUAUUCUUCAAUCAACUUAUUUAAUAUUUAAAUCUUGUGAAGAAUUAUGUGCGCUAGUUAAAUGUCUUCCACCGUAUGCAGAUGAUUUUUGCCAAGCAAUAGUUGAUCUUUUAUUUAAACAUCGGGAAUCUUGCUAUAAAUUAUUUUUAUCAAUUGUUGAAAAAAAUGAUUCAAAUGGAAUAUCAAUUUAUUCAAAUGAAUGGGUUAAAGAUCCCGAUAUAAAUCGUCAUUUAAGGACAAUGCCUGCAUUUGAUGCAUUUAUACGUAUGGCUACAGAACAGCACUCAACAAACAAUGACAAUGACAAUGAAAAUGUUGAAAAUAUACGUUUUCGACAAGCAAAAGAAACUGAGACUUUAUUAAUUAAUUUUAGUCAAAAUGAAAUGAGUGUCGAUGAUAUUUGUACGAAUUAUAAACAUAUUGAAGUAUUAGCAACUAUUCAUGAAAGUGUCGAUUGGUUAUAUUGUAAAUUAAUAUAUUAUUUUGAUGUAUUAGAUAAAUGUUUAAAUGAUACAAAGUAUCUUGAUGCAUUAACACAAACAGCAGCUCCAUUCGGCUUCACAACACGUUCAAUUAAACAAAAUUCAUCUCAUUAUGAUCAAUUAAAAUUAUCGCGUAUAAAUUUAGAAAUCUUCUCAAAUGCAAUGAAAACAACAUUAACAUUAUCUUAUGAUAUAUUACUUGUUUUAUUUCUGGAAAUUCGUCUACAUUGUUUUUAUCAUUUAUCAUUAUUUUUUCGUAAUACUUCACAUUAUGCAUAUGCCAUUGAUACGGAUCAUGAUGAAAAUAUCAUGUCAUUAAACCGUGAUUUAACACAUUUACAAGAAACAUUAAGUUCUUCGUUAAAUGAAAAGAAGUUUUCAUUUUUAUUUCAAGGCCUCGGUUUUGUUUUGGCAACAAUUUUAAUUCGUUCAUCACCACGAUUCAAUCGUAUAAAUACAUUAGGUGUAACGAAAAUGUGCCGAAAUAUAUUUUCUAUUGAACAAACGUUAACACAAAUUCAAACAGUUGGUGAUGCUGAAUUGAUGCGUGCUCAUCGAUAUUAUGAAUCGUUAUAUGCAAUAAAACCAGAAGAAAUUCUUAAUACUAUCGCAGAACAUGGGUUAGAAUAUUCUGAACAAGAUUAUUUGAAUCUAUUGCAAUUACAAUAUCGAAGUCUUUCAGUUAAUGAACGAGAACAUUUCGAUUUGAGUCAAUAUGAACAAUUAGUAAAAGAAGCUUUACAUCCACAAAUAAUGACAAGCAUAACAGGUGAAUCAUCACUUAAUUUAGAAAAAGAUGUCGAACGAGCAAUUGCUUUGAUUGAUCGUCUUCGUACAACAAGUGAGAUUCCCGCAGAAAAGUUAUCUGAAUUACAACGGAUAUUGCAAAGUGAUUUUUUUCAUGCUGUACUUGAAAUUUACGAGAAAAUUUAUGAAACAGUACAAAUAACUGGUUCACCAGAAGUACGAGCAAAUGCUACAGCUAAAGCAACUGUUGCUGCUUUUGCCGCUAGUGAAGGUCAUUCUCAUCCACGUGUUAUUGAAUUACCCAAAACAGCUGAAGGACUUGGAUUUAAUGUAAUGGGUGGUCGAGAACAAAAUUCUCCUAUUUAUAUAUCACGUAUUAUCCCAAAUGGUGUUGCUUGGAAGCAUGGUGGAUUAAAAAAAGGCGAUCAAUUAUUAUCUGUAAAUGGCGUAUCUGUUGAAAAUGAAUAUCAUGAAAAAGCUGUUGAUUUACUUAAACAAGCUCAAGGUACCGUAAAAUUAGUUGUACGAUAUUCGCCGCAAGUUCUAAUUGAAAUGGAAAAUCGUUUUGAACAACAACGUGCACCAAGAAAGCCAGCAACCUCACCAAUAAACAAAUGA